CUCAAAGGGACAAACUUAGGGAAAGAGAAGGUAAGAGAUACAAUGGAAUGUCUUCGUGUAUUUGCUUCGGUACCUAAAAUCUCUUUCUUCUCCAAUUCAAGAUACUCAACUUCUCAGCGAUUCAUUCCCAGUUGCAGAGGAAAAAACAGAGAGGAUCCUCUCUCCAGCUCUUCACCGUACUCUAUACUUGGCGUAGAGCCAAGCUGCUCAUCUUCCGAGCUAAAGGCAGCUUUUCGUGCCAAAGUGAAACAAUACCAUCCAGAUGUAAACAAAGACGGAAGCAACUCUGAUAUUAUGAUCCGUCGCAUAAUCCAGGCAUAUGAGAUGUUAACAAACUAUAGCCGGUCAGAGAUAAUUGAAGGAGAAUGCUUGGAUCCUUUUGACCAUCCAGAGUGCGAGGCACUUGACGUGUUUGUGAAUGAAGUCCUAUGUGUUGGAAAAAGAUGUUCAUACCCAUGCUUUGAAACAGCUUCUCAUGUCUUCUCGUGUGAUUCAUCUGGGACAGCUCGAGCAAUGUCCCAAGGACAUGGCGAAGAUUACCGUGUACAGUCUGCAGUUAAUCAGUGUCCGAGAAAUUGUAUACAUUAUGUCACACCAUCACAGAGAAUUAUUCUAGAAGAGUUACUUGACAGCGUCGUGGACAAACCUUACGAUUGUUCCGCAGAAGCAGAAUUUCUAUAUGCUCUUAUUGUGAAAGCUAAAUUUGAGAACAAUCGGUAUCAGAAGCCAAAGAAGAAACAACCUGAAUCUUCAGGAAAACAUGUAGACUGGUUCUGA